UUCGACCAUAUGGCGGAAAGGACGGAGCCACUCCAUUCCGGACGCCCUUUCCAGGGCUCCUGUGAACGACCCGAGCCCCGACGACGAGAUGGCCAACGACGACGUCCAGUCUUUUGCCAGACGUGUGGUGAUCCGUCAGGUCAGCAGUAUACAACAGGCCACCGACGAGAUGGAGGAGGACGGCAUCGACGUGGAGUCUCACCUGUCCGACCCCAUGCUGGACGAAUUGAGAGCUGUAGCUGCAUCGGACUCCGAUUACGUCGAGCUCAUGGCGGCGAUAUCAACGGGAUUCCGGACACCACGCAAUCAGACAGCCCUGGGCGUUCGUCAAUAUUGGUCUGUCCGAGAAGAACUAUCGGUAGACGACGGCCUCGUCCUCUUCGGCCGCCGCAUCGUCAUUCCACGGCCGGCCCGCCGGGAGUUAAUCAAAAAGCUCCACGCGGCCCAUCAGGGCAUCGUACGAAUGAAGCGCCGGGCGCGUCAAACCGUCUUUUGGCCGGGUAUGUCGAACGACAUAACCUUAUGGGUGGAAAGCUGCCAGGCAUGUCAAGAGCGACUCCCGCAUCAACAGAAGGAGCCCCUAAUGCGCGACCCCCUGCCAACACGGGUAUUUGAAGAUGUUUCGGCCGACCUUUUUCAGCUGGGCUCGCUACACGUCCUCGUCUACGCGGACCGCCUUUCCGGAUGGCCCAUCGUUCACCAAUGGCGCCACGACCCGUCGGCGCGGGAAGUUACACAGGCCGUAAUUGAAAAUUUCGUCGACCUGGGCGUCCCCGUGCGGCUGCGGUCCGACAACGGCCCACAGUUCGAAGCCCACAGUUUCCAGACCAAAUUAAGCCAAUGGGGCGUAGCGUGGGGCAGCUCUACGCCACACUACCCCCAAAGCAACGGCCACGCGGAAGCAGCAGUUGCAGCGAUGAAGGACCUAGUGACAAAAAUUUCACCCCACGGUGAUAUCACAUCGGACGAGUUCGCCCGCGGAAUGUUGGAAUUCCGAAACACCCCGAGAGAAAACGGCAAGUCACCGGCGGAAAUGGUUUUUGGACAUCCGUUACGGUCCAUUUUUCCAGCACACCGGACGGCAUAUGCCACCCAUUGGCGGUCGGCCAUGGAAGGCCGUGACCGGCAAACAGCGAUCGACGCGGAGGUAAAGUUCCGCUACGACGAGCACGCUCGCCCACUCGCCCCGCUACCAUUGGGCACCCACGUUCGGGUGCGGGAGCCAAAGACAAAGCUCUGGGACAAGGUCGGCGUCGUAGUCAGCAUAGGUCGCUAUCGAUCCUACCGGAUAAAAUUCGCAAGUGGGAGUGUGUUGUGGCGUAACCGAAGAUUCCUCCGCCCGAUGGUAGCUGUUCCGGAGACAAACGAGCCGCCAGCAGUUCACGAUGGCGAUGGCGCGGGUGACAGCACUGACGUUCAGCACGCGGCAGCCGGGCAGACGGACGGCGAACAACAGGACAACUUUUCGGGCGCGUCUCUUCCCCUUGGGGCCGCCAGCAGUUCGGGCGAUACAUCAGCAGACGCAGGACGGCAGCCCGUACGUCGGAGCGAACGUGUACGAAAGAAGAGAGUAAUAUUUGAUGUGUAAUGUACUGGCUGAAUUUCCAUUCAUAAUAUUUGAUGUAUAAUGUACUGGCUGAAUUUCCA